UACCUGGUCGCAACCUCUCGGGCUUUUUACUGCUCGAUUGUGGUGAAAACAAAAAAACCCGAGAAGUUGUAGCGCAGCGACAUCUAUGGGGUUAUAUAAAUAAUAAUAGUAAGAAUGUCGAAGUCUGCAUUGAAAAUAUCCUUCCUUCUGUGUUUACUCUGCAUCUUUGUUGUCACACUAACCGAAUCUCAAAAAUACAAACCAACAUGGGAGAGCAUUGAUUCUCGUCCGAUUCCGGAAUGGUACGACGAUGCCAAGAUUGGAAUGUUCAUAACAUGGGGAGUCUAUUCCGUCCCAUCUAUGAGCAGUGAAUGGUUUUGGUGGUUUUGGAAAGGGCAGCCUCAGUCUUACAUUGUGGACUUCAUGAAAAAAUACUACCCCCCAAAGUGGACGUAUGCAGACUUCGCUAAGGAUUUCCGAGCCGAGUUUUACAACCCAAAAAAAUGGAGAGAUAUCAUUGUCUCCUCAGGAGCAAAGUACAUAGUAUUUACUUCCAAGCACAGUGAUGGCUACAGUUUGUAUCCAACAAAUGUCACCUACCAGUGGAACUCGAGGGACGUGGGCGCAAAGAGAGAUCUUAUCGGUGAUUUACAGGUUGCGUUGAAGGGGUCUGGGGUCAGAUUUGGACUCUAUCAUGCCAUGAUAGAAUGGUUUAAUCCGAUAUGGCUAGCGGACCAGAGGAAUAACUUAACCACUCAACAUUAUGUCAAGGACUACAUAUUUCCUCAACUACGUGAGAUUAUCAACACCUACAAGCCGGACAUGCUAUGGAACGAUGCUGGGUGGCUGGCUCCUAGCUGGUACUGGAACGCCACUGUGUUCUUGGCCUGGCUCUACAAUGAAAGCCCCGUGAAGGACUACAUCCUGACCAAUGACAGGUGGGGAUCCGACUGUUUCUGUAAACACGGCGGGGUUUGGACCUGCUCCGACCGCUUCCAUCCUGGGCAUGUUAUGCCUCAUAAGUGGGUCAAUGCUAUGACAAUCGACAAGGGGUCGUGGGGUUAUAGAAGGAAUGCUGACCUGAGGGAUUUCUACACAAUAGAGGAACUACUGGAGGAAGUGAUCUACACUAUCAGUUUUGGUGGAAACAUUUUGAUCAAUGUUGGACCCACUUCUUGGGGGACCCUGGCCCCGAUCUACGAGGAGAGGUUCGGACAGUUGGGUUCCUGGCUGAAGGUGAACGGAGAGGCCAUUUAUAAGACCACACCAUGGAUCUACCAGAAUGACACCUUGUCUAACCGGGUCUGGUACACAGCAUCAAAGAAGGACAAGAGCACCAUCUACUCCCUGCUCCUGGACUGGCCAGUUGAUAACGAGGUUACGCUGGGAGCUCUCAAGGAUAUUCCCGUCUCCAACGUGACCUUGUUGGGAUCCGAAGCCAUGAUGAAAUUUUCUCAGGAAUCCGCGGGACUAAAGGUUGUUUUUCCAUACCUCAACAUCCGACAAAUGCCCUGCCUUCUAUGCAACGUUGUGAGACGGUCGCCAUCUUGUUCUGGAAAUGUGUGUGAAUUCGAAUGGACAAUAGACUACAAGUUCACCAUGAUGUGGUACAAUAAGACUAAUUCCGAAGAGCCGGAGUGUCAGCCAAUUGUCCAGGACUCUACAGGGUUUGUCAAAAGAAGGUCCACAACGAAGGAUUGUAAGGAAACACACACGGUAGUCACACUAUCAGAAUUCAAAGAAUUGGUCAGUACAGCCGAUGGAGAUUAUAGAAUGGUGUACGCUAUAAACGGGCAGAUUCCAGGACCCGAGAUAGUCGUCACAGAAGGAGAUAUGGUUUCUGUUCGUGUGCAUAAUCGGUUAAAAACGGAGGGGGUGACAUUUCAUUGGCACGGUAUCCUACAGAGAGGGACCCCAUGGAUGGACGGGGCCUCCAUGAUAUCUCAGUGUCCCAUCAUGCCUGGGCAGGUGUUCGAAUACAGGUUUAUAGCGGAGCCUGUGGGUACACACUGGUACCACGCCCACACAGGUACCAUGAGGAACGACGGACUCUCGGGGGCCUUCAUAGUGCUCCCAAAACAGCAAUCAUUCCCUCAGCAGUACCAUGGCGAGUUUUUCGCUGUCAUACAAGACUGGACCAAGCGGUCAGCUAUGGAGACCGCAGAGGCGUACAGGGGCAAGCUGUUUGGGCUGGAAGACUACGCUGGAGCCUGCAAACCCGCGCAGUACAUGUCAGAUGGAGUCGCGAAUAUUUUCUACCUUAAUGUUGGACUAGUGAACGGCAGAGGUAGAAGAUACACUGAUGAAAACUCUACAAGCAGUGAGAAAGUGUAUAUUCCCUUGGAGACGUUUACAGUACAACCAAUGAGAAACUAUCGCUUCAGAUUCAUCAACGCUGGAUUUGCGCACCCGUUUCAUAUAUCCUUUGAAAAUCACAAUAUAUCUGUUGUCGCGUUGGACGGAAGUGACGUCGAGGACCAGAAAUGUGACGCUGUUGUUAUAAGUCCCGGCGAGAGUGUUGAUAUCAAACUGACAGCGAAUCGUCCUCCAAACAACUACAAUAUUCUGUUUAAAACGAUGCCAAUGUAUUCAUUUCAAGGGAUUUUUCAAAAGCCUCGAUUGACACGUGCUGUUUUAAACUACGAAGGGGUCAACCAGCUAAUAAUCCCCCUUUCAGUACCUAGAUUUUGUUCUGUGACCAACCCGUGCCACGUUCUGAACUCAUUGUAUGGCGUACAGUUAUUACUGAAUUUCAUUAGACAGUCUAACCCCAAUAAUCAAGGAACUACAUCGUGUAUGCAGCAAUCUUGCCAAGGGGCAGGGAGCUGUAGAUGUACUCAUACAGUAAAGCUCGGACUCAACAACAUCGUUCAGCUCGUCUUAUUUUCAUUUUCAAAGGGUCUGAAGGAAACACAUCCAGUUCAUUUACAUGGUCACCAAUUCCAUGUGGUCAAAAUUGGAUACCCCAAAUAUGAUGUAGCAACUGGAAUCGCUACCGCGCCAAACCAGGAUAUACAAUGCUUAGACGACCACUGUACUAAAGCAACGUGGACGGUUCCAUCAUGGCACAACGGUGUACCUGAUCUAAAUUUGGAGAAUCCUCCGAUAAAGGACACAGUUACUAUUCCAUGGGGAGGCUAUGUUAUAGUUAGAUUUUUCGCUAAUAAUCCAGGUUUCUGGUUAUUGCACAGUCAUCUUGGGCACCACCAGUCUCAGGGUAUGGCUCUUGUUCUUCAAGAAGGCGACACCGAGGACAUGGUUCAUACGCCUCCUAAUUUCCCAACAUGCGGUAGCUUUCAGAUUACAAAGGAACAAAUUGAAAAAGUAAUUAGUGACCAUGAGAAAAUAUUGAAAGCAAGGGAAGCUGGAAAGGUCUUUGAAAGCCUCGAUUUAGAUGACUUUGUGAGCGAAACAAUAGACAAAAAGAGUUCAACCGGCCUUAUUACUGCCAUAUUUGACGACAAAAGUAAAAGCAGCGAAAACUAUCUUACUUCAGAUGCUCACGACCAUCCAAAUGCAACUAAAUCUCCUCGUCUUGAGAAGAAUGAUCCGUUCAGUCUUGAUGACCGUUAA